AUGCCUUCGCUGGCCGGCGUGCCAACUACGUCGGUGACGCGGACAGCGCCCGACUUUACCAUGAAGCUUCCCCCUCCCAAGCCCAAAGCACGCCCCGAUGCGAGCCAGGAUACGCGGACGGCGGGCGGUGCGCCGGUCGGCUACCUGCGGAUCCAGCUGAUUGAGGCGCGGAACCUGAGUGUGGCGUCCAAAGAAACCUCGCACCCCUAUGUCGUCGUGCAGUUUGACAAGAACGAGUUUAUUGGCGGCGGCUACGAAGGCCCUACGAUCGAGAACGACAAGGUCAGCAGCACAGACCCGAGCUGGCACUACUCGGUGACAUUCGACGUGACUUCCAGCAACCAAGUGGUGUAUAUUUCCGUGUAUGACCGCGUGGGCGACAAAGAAGAGCUCAUCGGCACGCGUGAGAUUUUUCCGCGACUUAUCCACCGCUCCUCAACCAACCAAUGGUACACUCUUUAUUCUCACGACGACGACGAAAAGCAGCAAGACCACGUCGCGUGCGGAGAGAUCCGCCUGCAGAUAUCGUACGAGCGCCUGCCGCCGCGCAAGCUUACUGCGCGCGACUUUGAGUUUUUGAAGCUGAUUGGGCGCGGUACGUUUGGACGUGUGUUCCAGGUGCGCAAGCGCGACACGAAGCGUAUCUAUGCGAUGAAAGUGUUGUCGAAGCGCGAGAUCGCGCUCAAGAAAGAGGUGACACAUACCAUGGGCGAGCGCAAGAUUCUGGAAAAGAGUCUUGACUGCCCCUUCCUUGUUGGCCUCAAGUUUAGUUUUCAAUCCGAGUCGGAGCUCUUUUUUGUGACGGACUACAAGUCGGGCGGCGAGCUCUUUUGGCACUUGCAGCGCGAAGGACGUUUCACGGAAGCUCGUGCGCGCUUCUACAUUGCCGAGCUAAUUCUCGCGCUCGAGCACCUGCACAAGUACAACAUUGUCUACCGUGACCUGAAGCCGGAAAACAUCCUGCUGGAUGCCACCGGACACGUCGCUCUUUGUGACUUUGGGCUGAGCAAGCCGGACCUCGGCGCAGGACAGCUGACCAACACGUUCUGCGGUACGACCGAGUACCUUGCGCCGGAAAUUCUUUUGGACGAAUCGGGCUACAGCAAGCUCGUCGACUUUUGGAGUCUCGGCGUGCUGCUGUUUGAGAUGUGUUGUGGCUGGUCGCCCUUCUACGCGGAGGACACGCAGCAAAUGUACCGCAACAUUUGCUUUGGUAAGAUCAAGUUUCCCCGCGGCGCGAUCGGCGACGACGGCAAGCAAUUUGUGAAAGGACUAUUGAACCGCAACCCCAAGCACCGCCUCGGUGCACACCGCGAUGCGGUGGACCUGAAGGAGCACCCCUUUUUUAAAGAUAUCGACUGGGAUGCGCUGGCGCGCAAGCAAAUCCCCCCCGUCUUUAAGCCGCUGGUCGAGUCCGACGAGAGCGUCGCCAACUUUGACCCCGAGUUUACUGGCGCGAGCCUGAACGAGGUGGCGAAGUUUGCGAUGAAAGAAGUCGACGGCGAGGUCUCGCCCUCGGAGAGCGACGCGUCGCGCUCCGCCGGCACCUCCAAAGAGAACUCGCCCGAAGGCAACGGCAGUGCGAAGAGCGUCGCGAUCAAAAAGCCCGGCGCCGAGCGGCAGGACGAAGAAGAUGCCGAAGAGCCGCUCUCGCGCAGCGUCCAAGAAAAGUUCCGUGGCUUUAGCUACAGCGGAACGUACGAAGGCUCGGGCAACUCGCUCGAGAACCGUUUUGGCGCGGUGGACUGGGGCAAUGUCGACAUGGCCGACGACGACCCCGCAGAGGACGAUACGCCCGCGGCACUAGCUGCGCUGAAACUGGAUGCACACGCCAAAGGGGACCCGUGGUAA